AAUCAUCUCGAGUCUUUUCAUAGAUUCUUUUAACCUCUGCGCCUCUUUCUAUCACCGAAGUGCUGUCACAUACACAAACAACUUCCUCGGGUGGCCUACAGUACCUCAGCCAACCUACGGCAAGACAGCCACCACAACCCUCACCUCCACCUCCACCUCUAUCACUCCCAGCAAAAUGGCCUCAACCUCGACCUCCACCGCAGUACAAUGGCAAACCGCCCCCGCCAUCGAACUGGAGUCGCGCGCCCCCAAACACCCCCUCGCAGCACCCACCUCCGCCGCCUUCGACGACGCGAUCAUGCAAGCGUCCGCGCAGGCCGACGCCGAGGUGCCCGACGGCGGACGCGGGUGGGUCGUGAUCGGGGCGUGCGCCGUGCUGACCUGGUGGGUGAUCGGGACCUCGUACUGCUGGGGGGUGCUGCAGGCGGCGCUGGUGCAGGAGGGGCUGGCGGCAGCAUCAACGCUGGCGUUCGUGGGGUCGCUGGCGACCGCGUGCAUCUCGUUUUUGGGGAUCGCCAACGCGCAGCUGAUCCGGAAGCUGGGGACGCAGAGCAGCGCGAUGCUGGGGGUGUUCUGUCUGGGGCUGGGGUCGAUUCUGAGUGGGUUCUCGUACCGCAGUGUCGCCGGGUUGUUUGUUACGCAGGGGGUGGUGUUUGGGGUGGGCAUUAGUAUGUGUUUCAUGGUCGUCUCUACCAUCCCCGCGCAGUACUUUAGGGCCAAGCGCGGCACCGCCAACGGCGUCGUCUACGCGGCCGGUGGCCUCGGCGGCACCGCGCUCAGCUUCCUCAUCAACGCACUCCUAAAUAGCGUCGGCACCGCCUGGACCUUCCGGGUGAUCGGGCUCCUGACCCUGGCCACGGGGCUGCCGGCCGCGUGGCUGGUGCAGCAGCGCAUCCCGAUCCCGCGCGCUGCGUUUGUGGAGUGGCGCCUCUUCCGCGACGUCCGCUUCUGCCUCCUCUUCGCCGUCGGCGCCAUCGCCACCUUCCCUCUCCUGGUACCCCCCUUCUUCCUGCCGCUCUACGUCAACGCGCUGGGCAUGGGCUCCACGGCCGGCGCCGGCGUCGUCGCCGCCUUCAACUUCUCCUCCGCGCUGGGCCGGCUCACCUGCGGCUUCGCGAGCGACACCAUCGGCCCGUUGAACACGUUGUUCGGCUCGCUGCUGCUCUCCGCCUUGAGCAUGCUGAUCAUCUGGCCCGUGUCGACGUCCAUCGGCCCGCUCAUUGUCUUUGUGGUGAUCAAUGGGAUGUCGAAUGGGGGGUUCUUCUCGACGAUCCCUACGGUGGUGGGGAAUGUGUUUGGGUCGGCUAGGGGCUCGCCGAUUGCAGGUUACAUUCUCGACGCGUCGGGGGGUGAAGGGGCAGGCACGAAGGCUUAUCGGCCGGCGAUUCUGUAUGCAGGGUUCAUGGCGCUGGCGGCGACGGUGCUGUCGGUGGGGAUUCGAGUGAAGACCAGCGCGAAGCUGGGGAAGCGGGUUUGAUGUGUUAGCCAGAAAAGACUUGACUCACUUUAUUCGACAUAUAGACCGUUGGAGAUUACGUCAAAACACAUAACUCAC